AUGGGGGAUAGGAAGUGCUUCCUCCCCGCCCGGGGCCGAAUCUGCCACCCGGCUUGUGCACGGGUGGUGUGGCCGGAGGAUUUCGGGAGGGUUUCAUCAGGCUGGCGUGGCCGGGGCCACGAAGGACGGCACAAAGCCAAACCCGGAGCGGCAGCUCUCUCCAGACGGGGAUUAAGGCCGCCCUUCGCGGGCAUUACAGCCAUCGGCAGCCCCCAGCUCACCCCGGCUCCCGCAGGACGCAGUGGCGACGAUGUGACCUACAUUCGUGGCAAGGAGGUCCCCAGCCUGCUGCCGCCACCGCUGGGCCAUGAAGCGGCACAAGUGACGGGGACGCCGUGCCCGCGGGCCAUGGCCAGCCCGGCACCAUGGCUGCGCUGGACACAAACAGAGCUGACGCACUGGGAGGGAGAGGAGGAGGAGGAGGAAGACGACUUUGAAAGGCGGAUGGACGAGGAUGGGGUCAUCGGCCUGGGGGAGGAUGGCGGGAGCCCACCGUGGGGCGAUGGCGAGGACCCGGAGGAGGGGUCCCCGGCGGAGGAGGGUCGCUGGCACCCGCAGCGGGACCUGGCGGAGGAGGAUGAGGAGCGGGGCAGCUCCAGGGGGGACGAGGAGCCCUGGGGGGCAGAGAGCGACGGGGAGCCCUACCCCGAGCUCUCCUACGAGGGCCGGUGGGGCUCAGGAUCCAGCGGCAGCCCCAUGGCGUCGCGGGAUGGCCGGGCUCUCUGCCAGCCCCGAGGCUGCAGCACGGACGGUGGUGACACCUCAGGGCUGUCGGACACCAGCCCUGACCCCGCCACCCCAUCCCACCGGCACCGGGGCUGGGGCACGGCCGGGGACGCCGGCGGGGGGCACGGGCAGGGCUGGACCCCGAGCCGGAGCCGCCUGCUGCCCCUGUCCACCGAUGAUGACCUCUGCGAUGCCACCAGCAUCGAGCCCGUCCCCGAGCCCCAGCCGGCUAGGACGGGGCUGCCGGCCCCUGGCACCGCUGGCUUGGCACCCACCGGGGAGCCCUGGGGCGCCGGCACCCCCCCCGCACCCCAGCUGCACGACGGGUCCCAGGUGCCCAAGAAAGCGGUACCCACGGUGCUGCCCCCCAAACCCGUCCGGCCGUCGCGGUCCCUGAGCCCCCGUCGGCGGCACACGGGCGGCAAGGAGGCGAGGGAUCCCUCGGGAACGGGCGCCGGCACAGCCGAGGGCACCCAGUACGGCCGAGGGCGGCUCAACCACCCCCUGCCCGACCUCUCCAAGGUGGAGGCGCGGGUGAAGUUCGACCAGAGCUACCGGCCGCCGCGGGGCCGAGCCCUGCCCGCCCACCCCAGGGCCCCAAGCGGCCCCAUCGGCUUCAAGUCCCCAGCCGAAAUCGUCCGGGAGGUGCUGCUGAGCAGCGGGGAGGGGGUCCCCCCGCAGCCCCCCACCACCGCCGGGUUGCCGCAGGAGUUCAGGUCCCCCAAGCAAGCCACCGAGCUGGUGCAACAGCUCCAGGACGACUACCACAAGCUGCUGACGAAGUACGCCGAGGCCGAGAACACCAUCGACCAGCUGCGCCUGGGUGCCAGGGUGAGCCUGUACGCCGACCCGCCGCGGCCCAGCCGCAGCCUCGCCGUGGGCACCGUGGGCACCGGCUGCCGGGUGAUGGCCCUCAGCAUCCCGCAGGCCAGGACGGCGGCUUUCAGCACGACCCCGGCCCCGGCCCCGCCGGCCUCGCUGGGUGGAGGGCCGUGCCGCUGCCCGGGCACCCAGCUGACGCGGACGCUGGCGGGUCAGACCCACAAGCUGCAGGCCCAGGUGGAAUCCUUCGAAGGCUGGAUCCGGGCUGGGAGCCCCGCGCCCCGGGAGCAGCUCCAGGUGCGUCGGCCCCAUCCCGGCCCCCCACCCCGGGGGUGCACGGCGGGGCCGGGGGGGUGGCGGGGACCAGGGGCCGAGGCGGCAGACUCGGACGUCGCCGCCGUUGUGCCGCAGAGGUUUAGGAAGCUGAGGGACGCGCAGGAUGCGCUGGAGCGGGCGUACCUGCGAGCCCGGCAGCAGCACCCAGGGGCCUCGGGGGAGUUUGAUCCCGACCGCGAGGUGGAAGGGGAGAUUUUCCGCUUGGGGCUGCACUUGGAGGAGCUGAAGGAGCGGCUGGAGCCUGGGGCCAGGCAGCAGCUCCCCCCGCAACGCCUGAACCAGCCCCGCUCCCCUCCAGCCCCUUCCCCACCGCCGGCCGCCUGCUCCCCACACUCCGAGAGCCCCGCACUGAUGGAGGGUCCCCGGGGGACAGCAGGGGACGGCGAGGUGGUGACGGGGGGGUUGCCCCAGCCCCUCUGGCACAAGCAGCUCCGAGUGGAGGAGGAUUUCGGUGACCUGCUGGAGCAGUACAAGCACUUGAAGUCCUUGCCGGAGUCACUGAGCCUGGAGCAGCUGAGUCUGGCAGAGACUGGGUCCCAAGAGGAGGUGGAUGGACCUGCAGCAGGGGAUGGUGGCCCCAGCAAGGUGUCCUGCAGGACACGGUCACUAGAGGAGGGGGUCGACCUCGAGACCUCCCCUUUGCACCCCGCGGAGAGGAGAGCUGCGCCGCUGCCCCCCAGGGAGCCUCCAUGGCCAGGGAGGACACGGGGCCACCUGUCCCCUGCCACCGCUGAGCAGCCACCGGCCACAGCCAAGCCCCCCCUGGGGCUCCCCGAGCCACCACGGGUGCUCCUGUCCCGCCGCAGCAGCAGAGCGGGCAGCGCUGUCACCCAGCACCAGCCCCGCAAGGAGCAGCGCAUUGUGUCACCGGAGACGGACAGCGGCUUCGUGGGCUCAGAGGCCAGCAGGGUGUCACCCCCCGUGCACACCCCUGAGCACCAGCCUCCCGGCACCGGGACCCCUGGCUUGCUGGGACCCUCCAUCCCCAUCCCUGCAACCCUCUGUCCUCCACGGAAGAGAGAGGCGAUCCCGCUUCCCUCCGAGACGGCGCUGAUGGGCAUCUACCCUGUGGGCGGACAGGGUGGCACAGGGGGGGCCCGCCUGCCCCCCAGCACCCCCUCGCAAGGCAGCUCCCCCCCGCGCUGGGCCGAGAGCGCGGGCAGCGAGGCAGGACCCGACGGUGACGGCACUCAUACGGACUCGGAGGCAGAAGGCAGGAGUUGCACCAGCGCCGGCGGCCACCCCUCCAGCAUGGCCAGGGGCCCGGCCAGCCCCCCACCAUCCCCCGAAACACCGUCCCCCACCCCGCUGUCCCCUGACCUCCCAUCCCUUGACCCGGCUCGCUGCGACCUGCUGGGCUCCCGUCUGGAGCGUGACCGGGCCAUCCGGGCGCUGCGGGACGAGGUGUGGCGGCUGCAGCGGAGGCUGGAGGAGAGCCUGCGCUGCUCCCGCAGCUAUCCUGAGGGAAAAGCCGCCCCGGCCAGGAGGCAGCUGGUGGCCAGCGGACCAUCGUCCCCCAAGGACGCAGCACCCUCGGGGGAGCCAAGCCCCCCUGUGCGGGGCAGGGUGGCCCCUGGGGUCGCACUGACGAAGAGACAGAGGUCGGCAUCGCUGCCGCGGGACGGGCCGGAGCUGGACCUCGCCUCCGAGUCGGACCCCUCACCCGCCGGGCCCCGGGCCACCCCCUUCCCACAGAAGAGCCCUGGGAGCACCCCAGGUGUGGUGACAUUUCGGGGACAGUACACAGGGACGCGGUACCAGGCGGGGAUGCCACGGGCCACCCCAGCACCCGGAGAAGAGCCGGGCACCCGGGGGUGUCCCCGGUGCCACGGGAGCAGGACAUCAUCAGCUGGAUUCGGGGCGGGCGAUGCCGCAAGACAGCCCCAGCACAGCACCCCGAGGAGAACGCGCUGCCCGGCUUGCCGAGCACCCAUGGGUCCCCCCGCGCCCGGCAGCAGGGACGGAGCCACACACGCAGAGCAUGGCCCCGGUGGCACGUCCGCCCCAGGCUCCCGCGUUGGUCCCCGAGCCGAGAAACCGGAGCAGCCCGGACUUUGGUACUUGGCCAGCCCUGGUGCCACCGCUGCCAUCGGCUGCCUUGCGCCCGUCCCCCUCGUGCCUUACGUUCCCUCCAUGCUCUACUGCUCCCCAACGGUACCUACCUCAGCCCCAGCCGUGGCCGGGGUCCCCCUCCAACACUCUGCGGGGCACCGGCGGGCAGAGCAUCCCCCCGGGCCGCGUGCCGCCGGCCACCACCGCUGCCUGACCCUGGACCUGGAUGAGUUGGAGGAGCUGAACCAGUCGCUGAGCCGGGCCGUGGAGGCUGCCCAGAGCGUGAGGCUCACCACCACCCGCAUGAGCCGGGCGCUAGCCGCUGAGCUGAGCCGAGCACGGGACCUGCGGGGCUCCUGCCUCUUCUGAGAGUCCUGCCGGCCCCUGCCAAACCCUCCCUGCCCUCGCAGGGGGCAGCAGGAGGAGGAAGAUGGUACCCCCAUCAGCAUCCCUUGACUGGAUGCUCC